AUUCACAAAGCACCCCCAACAUGGACCUUGACGCCCCAAAGACUGAGACGCCUGCUGUUGAAGUACAGAUCCAACAGCUUGAGCCAGAGCCAGCAUUGCCAACUCCACCGCCGGUAGGGCCGCCAGAGUCCUCUCCACGCUCUAUUCUGGCAGCAAUUGGUGGAUUCUUUGUUUUCUUCACGACUUUUGGCAUGCUCACGUCGUUUGGAAAGUUCCAAUCUUACUACCAAACGCAAUACCUUCGUGACACGAAGCCAGCAACCAUCUCGUGGAUCGGCUCAGUCCAAUUCUUCACUCUCUUCGUCAGCGGUCUCCUUCUUGGCCCUCUCUUCGACAAAUAUGGCGCUCGUCGACUUUCUGUUCCAGGAACACUACUCUAUGUCCUUGCGUUGAUGUUGGCCAGUAUCAGCACAAAGUUCUGGCAUUUGUUGCUCACGCAAGGAUUUAUGCUUGGCUUCGCAUGCGCUCUGCACUUCUACCCCACAACGGCCUCCGUCUCCCAGCGAUUCACUACCCACCGCGGCCUUGCAAUGGGUCUCGUCGCAACCGGCUCUUCGAUCGGCGGUAUAGUCUGGCCGAUAAUGGUAGAUAGUCUGCUAAAGAAAACCGGCUUUGGAUGGACAAUGCGCAUCUGUGGCUUCUUCGCGUUGGCAUUGCUCCUGAUUGCGAAUUUUCUCGUGUUGGAACUCAAACAACUGAGAGGAACGGCUGCGGCAGCAAGAGCGAAGAUGCAAGCAGAAGGCACUGCACUGAAGUUCGCGGAGCCAAGAUACGUUCUCUUCACUACUGGCUUCUUCUUCGUCUAUUUCGGUCUGUUUAUCCCGUACUACUAUCUUCCCACCUACGGUAUGGAGCGUGGUAUGAGCAGCAGCAUGGCCGCAUACCUUGUGGCUAUCCUCAAUGCUGGUUCAUUCAUUGGUCGUGCAGGCAUUGGUUAUGCUUCUGAUCGGCUCGGAAGAUUCAACAUGACUGCGGCAUGUUCGAUUCUUGCUGGUAUCAUUCUCGCCUGUCUCAAUACCGCUACGCAAGCGCCUUCCAUCAUAGCUUUCGCAGUGUUCUACGGCGUCUUCUCGGGUGCCUUGUUGAGUCUACCACCAACCUGCCUUGCUCAAAUCACUCCACAUCCCAGUAUGAUCGGUGUCAAGCUGGGAGUUGCUAUGGCUGUUUGCUCUCUAGGAUUGCUUACCGGAAGCCCAAUUGGUGGCGCUCUCUUGACUCGAAUGCAUGGGGACUUCAGCGGGCUAAUCGGGUUUGCGACAUCGGUCAUUCUCUUCGGAUCUGUAUUUGUGCUUGCAGCCAGAUUCACUGCGGACAAGAAAUUCCUCAAAGCAUUCUAG